AUGGCUCCUCUUCUUUCGGAAGAGCACAAAGAAGUUAUCCAUCGAGGCCUUCAUCCUACCCAGCUUCGCCUCGAUCGCGCAAGCACCGAAUCUAGCCACUUGCAAUUCAAAGAGAUCCGUGCCAUCGACAACUUGCAGGCACAGUGGGAAGAACACUACGACAAAGUCUACGCCCCCCAAGAAGCAAAGGAGAAGCAAGUCGCAGAGGAGAAGGUAGCAGAGCCAGAAGCCCCACGCCCAACCGUCCGUCGCGCAACUCCCAUUCCCGCCCUUCGUCGAGUCACUCAAAAUCUCCCUGUCAAGAACCACACCGCAAUCCCUGCCGGCUAUUUCGACCGCCCUGCACUUGCCAACGAGUUCGACGUCACCUGCGUCCUCGACUACCACGCCUUCCUCUUCGACCGCUACGAAUACUUUUCUUGCAAGAAUCCAAUAUGCCAGCUGCAUAUGCGGUGCGGGAUGGGGGUGAUGCCAAGUCCAAAAAACAAAGCAUGGCAGAUCUUAAACUUAGGCGGCUUCAAGAACUGAACUCGCGUCUCAAGGAAGAUCUCGACAGACCUCGUGUCAAGGUCGCUGAAGCAUCUAUGAGCCUGAUCAACUACUGCAACCAAACACGAGACUACAUGGUGCCUUCAGUCUGGGGACAGGUGGACAGGAAAGAAGAUCCAUACAAUCCACAGAGUGGAGGUAGUGAAGGUUGUUGUAUCGUCAUGUAAUCAAAGUUCUGUUGAAGCUGUUCGGAUUGGGUCACAAAAGGACACAAUGGAGCACUCAAAGAGGGGUGUGGUAUGAUAUUGAUCGAGUCAAAAAGCAUUCGGCGCAGAAAGGCGUUCACACAAUUGUCAGAGUCACGCAACAUUGCAACAGGUUUUCAUGCCAACCAUCAAUCAACGGGAGAGGUAGCAGGGGGUAUUGAUGUACGUUGCGCUCCGCCUUGUACUUGGUCACCUAUUCAGCUUCUCUUCAUCCUGUCGAGACUUCGGCAAUGAUUUCUCUUGUGAGGAUAUGUAGGAGGCUACCUGAAUGCAUUCCAAUUCCAAUUGAUUUCCCAUAACCACGUUUGGGCCAUAGUGUCUAUCCUCGGUACCGCACCUCCAAGAGCCUGUUUCUUGCCCGUUGAAUCGACCACGCUCAAUCCGUCCCUCAGUCACUUUCCAACUCCCCGUGACUGAUAUUUCGGGCGACCAUGGCUUCCUGCAGCACGGCUCAAUGCUCACGUCCAUGGAAACCCGUGGCCAUCCAAGCCCAAUGUGGGUGUGCAAGAUUGGGAAAUUUCCCGC